CACACGCCACCACCAUGUCCCAAGUCUUUGUCAAGGUUGAUGCUCACGGAAAUAUUCUCUGCAACUGCCACGGCGGCGUUCAUGCAGCUCAUUAUACUUCGCACAGCGUCAAGAAUCCCGGCCGCGACUUUUAUCGCUGCGCAAAGAGUCGGGACGACCCCAAUCAAUGCAACUUCUUUGGUAGGCAAUGCCGCAGAUAUUCUAGCUGUACAGGCCACUAACAGAUUCCAGCUUGGGAUGACGAAGUCGUCAA